CGAGGUCAAUCCCAAACGGAUUCCUGACAAUCGGCAAGUUAUGGGUGUUGAGAUAGUAGAUAACCGACCAGAAGAUGAAACCAGAGCUGCUCCAAUCGAAGAUGUGGAGGAGGUACAGAUUGAUGACAGAGAUCCGAGUCGGAAAACGCAAAUUGUGACUAAAUUGAACUCGGAGGAAAGAGCAGAGCUAAUAGCUUUUCUUCGGGCCAAUAAAGAUGUUUUUGCAUGGACUUCAGCAAAUAUGCCGGGAAUUCCCACGUCAGUUUUUCAGCACAAACUCAGCACCAAUCCCCUCAAGAAACCAGUAGCCCAGAAGCGACGCCUCUUUGAGGGGGAGAGGUUAAAGGUUAUUAAAGAAGAAGUCGAGAAACUCCUACAAGCCGGCUUUAUCAGAAGGGUAGAUUACUCUUCGGGAAAUGAGAGAUUAAGUCUCUUGGAUGCAUACUCAGGCUACCACCAGGUCCCAAUGGCUCCUGAGGAUGAAGAAAAAACCUCGUUCUAUGCUGGCGAUGAGAUUUAUUGCUAUGUAAUGAUGCCCUUUGGCUUGAAGAACGCAGUGGUGAAGAGUUUGAAAGCUGACGAUCACUUAACCGACCUUGAGGAGACAUUCAACAAUCUCAGACAGAAUAUAAUGAGGUUAAACCCAGCCAAAUGCAUCUUUGGCAUGGAAUCUGGAAAAUUCCUGGGCUUCAUGGUUUCCCGGAGAGGGAUUAAGGUCAAUCCGGAGAAGAUUAUAGCAAUCGCGGACAUGGAACCGCCGAAGUCAGUGAAAGAUAUACAGAGGUUGACUGGAAAGGUAGCAGCUCUUCAUCGGUUCAUAUCGAAGUCAGCAGAUAAGUGCCUACCGUUUUUCAAAAUUAUGAGGUCAGCUUCCUAGAAGGAUGAAUCAGGUAAACAGAAGAAGUUUGAGUGGAC